CGGCGCCAUCUUGUGACUCGGCACCCUCCCACUGUCCCUGGGAAACUCCAUUCCCCGUGAAGCCCCGCGGCAGGGUGGCUCUCCGGGAAGGCGGGGCGGAGGGCUGCGGGUUCCGAGCAGGUCAAUUUCCUGAAAAGGCACCGAAGCAAAGAGGAUGGAAGCAGGAAGUAGUGCCAAGGAAGCCGUGCUGAUUACGGGAGGAGGUGGUUAUUUUGGCUUCCGUUUAGGUUGUACCAUAUACAAAAUGGGAGUUGAUGUGAUUCUCUUUGAUGUCAUGAAGCCACUUCAACCUGUGCCAGAAGGGAUAAAGUUUAUGCAAGGGAACGUCUGUUGUCUGGCUGAAGUGGAAGAGGCUCUUAAAGAUGUAAUCUGCGUGUUCCAUAUCGCUUCCUAUGGAAUGUCUGGCAGGGAGCAGUUGAACCGAAAACUUAUAGAAGAUGUUAACGUGAAAGGAACAGAAAAUGUCAUCCAAGCCUGCAAGAGCACAGGAGUGUCAAGUCUGGUUUAUACAAGUACAUAUAAUGUGAUAUUUGGAGGCCAGAUUAUAGAAAAUGGGGAUGAAUCUCUGCCUUAUCUACCUCUUCACCUCCAUCCAGAUCACUACUCCCGGACCAAAUCUUUAGCUGAAAUGAAGGUGCUGAAGGCAAAUGGUACUGAGCUUGGAAAUGGGGAAGGUGUAUUGAGGACGUGUGCUCUCCGACCAGCGGGCAUCUAUGGGCCAGGAGAACAAAGACAUCUUCCAAGAAUAGUUAGUUACAUCGAGAGGGGACUGUUUAAAUUCGUAUAUGGAGAUCCUCUUAGUUUAGUAGAAUUUGUACAUGUUGAUAAUCUCGUUCAGGCUCACAUCCUUGCCUUUGAGGCCCUCAAAGCCAACAAAAAGCACAUAGCUGCAGGCCAAGCCUACUUUAUUUCAGAUGGCAGGCCAGUAAACAACUUUGAGUUUUUCCGACCGCUAGUAGAAGGUUUGGGAUACAAGUUCCCAACCUGCCGCCUUCCUCUCUCACUUGUCUAUUUUUUUGCAUUUCUUACUGAAGUAGUUCAUUUUCUCAUAGGCCAUAUUUAUAAUUUUCAGCCUCUCCUCACUCGCACAGAAGUUUAUAAAACUGGUGUCACGCAUUACUUUAGCAUGGAGAAGGCCAGGAAAGAGCUGGGGUACGAGCCUCAGAAAUACAGCCUGAAUGAAGUGGUUGAGUGGUUUAGAUCUCAGGGCUGUGGACCAAAGCCAAGGAAGUAUACCAUUACACAUCUCCUUAGGGUUGGAGGACUGCUCUUGCUGUUUAUUGCUGUGCUCGUCUCAUGGUUUCCAUCUGCAGUUAUAUUUUCACCCUGAAAUGAAACACUGAGUAUGGAGGACAGGAUUUAGUUAUGUUGUAUACUCUUUAUUUUCACGGUGAAUUAAAAAAAUAUAUAUGUUUGUA